AUGGCACCCCUCCGCGCGGCCCUCCUCCUCCUCGCCGCGGCGCUGUGUGCGCUCGCGCUGCUCGCGGCGGCGCCGGCCUCCGCGUCGCGCGACCUCCGCCCGCCCCGGGCGGGCUUCGUCGUGCGCGGCCGCGUCUGGUGCGACAACUGCCGCGCGGGCUUCGAGACCUCCGCAUCCACGUACAUUGCCGGAGCUAAGGUGAGAGUCGACUGCAAAUCAAAAACCACUGGGGCAAAGACAUGCAGCUUCGAGGGACAUACAGACCGCACUGGCACCUACAACAUCCUUGUCGCUGAUGAGCAUGAGCAUGAGCUCUGCGAGUCUGUCCUUGUGAGCAGCCCGGACAAGGGGUGUGCCAAUGUUGUGGCUGGUCGUGAGAGGGCCCCUGUCUUCCUCACCAGCAACAAUGGGGUUGCAUCCAACGUUCGUUUGGCAAAUGCUCUGGGGUUCCAGAAGGACGUUGCCCUUCCUAGAUGCGCACAGAUCCUCAAGAUGUACCAGGAUGAGGAUGACCGUGUGUAA